CCAAAAGCAAAACACAUUUUAGUUGAUUAUUGUUAGUUUUAAGUAAAUUAAAAAAAGAAAAUAUGAGUUUGGCCAGCAUAAAACAGAAAGAAGUCAAGGGCAAGAAGAAGAUACUACCCAAAUUGCGAACAGUUCUAGCCAAUCCUUAUAAGCAACACAGCCCAGUUUUACCGGAUGAGGAUGUAUUGAUGUUUCGACAUAUCCUAAAAAAGAGUAUGCAAUGCAGCGGGGCAGAACCGAAAUCCUUUGCCACUCGAUUCGGCAUACAUCUCGGCCUGGAAAGUUCCCUGAGAGCCAUUAAUUCGCAGCGUUUCUCCUGUUUGCUGGUUUCCUUGAGCCUGCGACCAGCUCAUCUCAUCCGUUUGAUAGCAACCAGUGCAUCCGUCAAGGUGGCCACUGCUCCCAUUUAUGCACAGCCCAAACUGGAGGAGCUCACCAUGGAAAUCUUCGGAGUGCGAGCCGUUUGCCUGGCUUUACCUUUGGAUUUAAGAACUAUAAGUGCUGAGCUGGAACAAUGGGUUAUUGCCAGAAAUCGAACGCCUCCGCCUGUUAAAAAUGUAGCAACUAAAAUCCACAAGAAGCCCAAGAAAAAACCAAUAGAAAUCAAACCAAUUGAAGAGGAAAAGAAGCUGCCGCUUCGCACUGCUGAAAAAAUGGAUUUUGACGAUGAUUUCAUAUCCUGUUCCUCAAAAAAACCCUCUAUAAAGCUGGACCGCCUAGAUGUCCAAGUGGAGUCCCAAAAACUAGGCAAUGCACUCCGAAACUUAGCCAUGAAAGGAAAAAGUAAGGAGUUGAAUACUGAAGUUAAUCAAAAACCUGUGGAAAAGGAGGAACUCUGCAGCUUAGACCUCAUAGAAGUGGAGCCAGUCGAGGACGACUUUCUGCCCAGGGAUCUGCAAACCUAUCGCCCCCUUACUGUCCACCAAAUACGUCCCAAUCCCGACAAGAAACCCAAAAAGAAGCGAAACAAAAAGACAACUUCUAGUAAAUCCUAA